AUGUUCACCUUGGUGUUCCUCGAUCCUUCCCUAAGCAAUAACACCGAUCAAAGCCAAUUGCACCUUCUCGCAGGUGGAGAAUGGUGCAGCGUCGUCGGUGGUGCCGACAACUUCAGGGUAUGUGUCGCUAAUGGCGCCCGGAGUGUUGAUGUUCUUGCAUGCCCACCAGUUGUAGUUCACAAUCUUGGCAUUGUCGCCGAUGUCGAGUGGAACUGGGUUCGAGUAUCUGUUGGCGAAUGUCAUGAGGUUGGCUGUAGUACCGGCAUCGCCCAGGUAUUGCAAGGCAUAUUGGUUUCCAUUUUCAGGGGUGAAGGUGAGGAUGUUGCUGUCGGAGAUGUCGUAGGUGGAGGGGGUGGAGUCCACGAAACCUUCACCGAAAUUGGCUCCGAACUUGGUGCUAAGGUAGCCAAUGUUGUUUCCAAUAGGGUCAAGGACGGCGACUUGGACUGGUCCAGUGACUUGAAUUGGGGCGGCGGAUGCAAUUGCAAUUGUUGCAAGAGUGGCGAGAGUGAAUUUCAUUGUUGGAGGUGGUUGUUUGAAGUGGUUGUUGAUGUGAUGAGGAUUUCAGAAAAAGCUCCGAAGUGGGCCCUUUUUAUACUCGUGGUUUGUGCUUCUGUAAAUUUUUUUUGCAGCCAGUGGGGUUUCAUGCAGAGAUACCUAUUUAGCCGUUUCAGUUGUCGCAUCUGA